GGUUGUUGUGCGAGAUAUGUUAGCCAAAACUUGUUGUUUCUUGGCGUGUGGCAGACGAAAUGUUUCGUAGUGUGUGUAUAUAAAAACAAAGAAUGAUUUCAGACAAAAUCAUCUCCAUGUCUUCGAGCAUGUGUUGAAUCCUACGAGCCAAUACAACCCAACUGCCAGAAUAAAGAAGCCUGUUUUGUAGUAACCUCUGCUGACCCCCCUUCCCAACCUUCCCGCGUCUUCCUGUGUAACCAUCCUUUUGGCCAAAUUAGGUUGAGUCAUUCAAUACCCCCUUUCGUACUCGUCCCUUAUUCUCAUCUUAUUGAAAAGGCGCCAAUAUGGUGCGAUUCAGCUCGCGUCGUGCACGUCAGGACACAGUUGAACUGUUAGCCAGCAACAACAAAGUCAAUGCCGGAGACGAUGUGGAGGCAUCCGAUAAUGCCGCUUAUCGCAACUCGGCCGAUUUAACGGAUACCGAUGAAAUAUUUCUGAAAGGUCUGCUGCUCAGUAAUCCAUCGACGCCGCACAGGGAGCUGUUGUUAAAUCCAGUUGAGCCGCAGCCAGUGCCCGCAUUUCUGCCCGCCCAUCUGAACAAUAAGCCCAUCUGUGACGACAUCAUACGCAAAUUCUCACCAUCUCGACGGCUGGAGUCGCGCGAACUAGCCAAGAUCUUGGCACAACCACAUUUUCGGGCUCUGAUACGCGCCCACGAUGAGAUAGGCCAUCUGUACGAGCAACGUCUGAAAGCUGCCGGUGGUUCCAUUACCAAACUCGAGGCUACAAGUCGACGCAAACAGGGCUGCUAUUUGUUCACCGACGAUAUUUUGAACAGCAAGAUGCCAGUGGAGGCGAUCAAGAUGGUGGGUCUGCGUCGCGAUCCCAAACAGCCCCUGGGUCUGACCGUUGAGGUCGACGAGUAUAAGCAGCUGGUGGUUGCACGCAUUCUGGCGGGCGGUGUCAUCGACAAACAGAGCAUGCUGCAUGUGGGCGACGUUAUAUUGGAGGUCAAUGGCACUCGUGUCCAUACACCCGAGGAGCUCCAAGUGGAGGUGUCGCGCGCCAAAGAGAAUCUAACGCUCAAGAUCGGACCGAACAAUGAGGAUGAGAUCAGAAGCGGUCGCUAUACGGUCAGUGGGGGUCAGGUAAAACAGAACGGCAUUGCAAGCCUUGAGACGGGCAAGAAACUAACGUGCUAUAUGCGCGCCCUGUUCACAUACAAUCCUUCGGAGGAUACACUACUGCCCUGCAAGGAUAUUGGAUUGGCCUUCAAGUCGGGCGAUAUUUUGCAGAUCAUCAAUGUUAAGGAUCCAAAUUGGUGGCAGGCGAAGAACAUUACCGCAGAGUCGGAGAAAAUCGGAUUGAUACCCUCGCAAGAGCUAGAGGAGCGUCGCAAGGCAUUCGUAGCGCCCGAGGCCGACUACGUGCAUAAAAUAGGCAUUUGUGGCACGCGGAUUUCAAAGCGUAAGCGGAAAACGAUGUACCGAUCCGUGGCUAACUGCGAGUUCGACAAGGCCGAUCUGCUUCUGUACGAGGAGGUCACGCGAAUGCCGCCUUUUCGCAGGAAAACACUCGUGCUCAUUGGUGUCUCCGGUGUGGGUCGACGCACGCUCAAGAAUCGCUUGAUUAACAGCGAUGUGGACAAGUUCGGCGCCAUUAUUCCACAUACAUCCCGACCCAAGCGCGCCUUGGAGGAGAACGGCAUCAGCUAUUGGUUCUUGGAACGGGAGGAGAUGGAGGAGCAGAUCAAACAGAAUCAGUUUCUCGAGUAUGGUGAGCACAACGGCAACCUGUAUGGCACGCAUUUGCAGUCCAUCAAGGAUGUCAUCAACAGUGGGCGCAUGUGCAUUCUAGACUGUGCACCGAACGCUCUGAAAAUUCUGCACAAUAGCCAGGAUCUGAUGCCAUUUGUCAUAUUUAUUGCCGCGCCAGGCAUGGAACAGCUCAAAACCAUUUAUGCCGAUCGUCGCGCGACAGGCUCAAAUAGAAAUCUAUCUUUCGAUCGGCAAAGUUCCAUACGCUUCAGUUCAAGACGCGCUCGCACGCUCGAGUCGUUAGCAUCGCUAUAUGAGGAUGACGAUCUCAUUUCUACAGUGGAGGAGAGCAGCUUUGUGCAGCGCAAGUAUGAGAAAUAUUUCGACAUGGUCAUUGUCAACGAGGACUUUGAUGAGACGUUCCGUCAGGUGGUCGAGACUUUGGACCAAAUGAGUCAUGAGGAGCAAUGGGUGCCAGUCAAUUGGAUAUACUAGGCUGAACUGGCAAUCGUCUACAAAACUGUCUACAAACAUCGCACUAACCUGAAAUAUAAAUCUCGCUUCCCACACUUAUGCAAAAUCAUAUUUAUAUGUCGUCGAAUAUCGUAGACCGCUUAGGCCUACCUCUAAACGUAAUCAUUACAAAGUACUAUAAUAAUUCAAUUUGUUAAAUGAUCGAUGCCCUCCGCUUUUUUUAAUUGUUUCGUUAAGUUUAGACCUAAUUUUGUAUACCUAUUUUAUGAUAUAAAUUGAAACGAAUUCGUCCAUUUGCAAGCUAA